GACCAUGCGCCCGCCGACUCCGCCGCCAGCCCGCUGGCUAUGCGUGUUGGCCGGCGCCCUCGCCUGCGCCCUCGGGCCCACGGGCAGCUGGGCAGCUGGGCUGCAGCGGGAGGAGUGUGACUAUCUGCAGAUGAUCGAGGUACAGCACAAGCAGUGCCUGGAGGAGGCCCAGCUGGAGAACGAAACAGCAGGCUGCAGCAAGAUGUGGGACAACCUCACCUGCUGGCCGGCCACCCCUCGGGGCCAGGUGGUCGUCUUGGCCUGCCCUGUCAUCUUUAAGAUCUUCUCCCCCAUUCAAGGCCGCAACGUGAGCCGCAGCUGCACCGACGAGGGCUGGACCCCCCUGGAGCCUGGCCCCUACUCCCUUGCCUGUGGCUUGGAUGACAAGGCAUCGGGUUUGGACGAGCAGCAGACAGUGUUCUACAGUUCUGUGAAGACCGGCUACACCAUCGGCUACAGCCUGUCCCUUGCUGCCCUUCUGGUCGCCACAGCCAUCUUGAGCCUGUUCAGGAAACUCCACUGCACGCGGAACUACAUCCACAUGCACCUCUUCAUAUCCUUCAUCCUGAGGGCUGCCGCGGUCUUCAUCAAAGACUUGGCCCUCUUCCACAGCGGGGAGUCGGAUCACUGCUCUGAGGGCUCGGUGGGUUGUAAGGCAGCUGUGGUCUUGUUCCAGUACUGUGUCAUGGCCAACUUCUUCUGGCUGCUGGUGGAGGGCCUCUACCUGCACACCCUGCUGGCCGUCUCCUUCUUCUCCGAGCGGAAAUACUUCUGGGGGUACAUACUCAUCGGCUGGGGGGUGCCCAGCACAUUCAUCAUGGUGUGGACCAUCAUCAGGAUCCAUUUUGAGGAUUAUGGAUGCUGGGACACCAUCAACUCCUCAUUGUGGUGGAUCAUAAAGGCCCCCAUCCUCACCUCCAUCUUGGUGAACUUCAUCCUAUUUAUACGCAUCAUCCGAAUCCUGGUUCAGAAACUGCGGCCCCCAGAUGUCGGGAAGAGUGACAGCAGCCCAUAUUCGAGGCUGGCCAAGUCCACCCUUCUGCUGAUCCCCCUGUUUGGAGUGCACUACAUCAUGUUCGCCUUCUUCCCCGACAACUUUAAGGCUGAAGUGAAAAUGGUCUUUGAGCUCGUCGUGGGGUCUUUCCAGGGUUUUGUGGUGGCCAUCCUCUACUGCUUCCUCAAUGGCGAGGUGCAGGCGGAGCUGCGGCGGAAGUGGCGGCGCUGGCACCUGCAGGGCGUCUUGGGCUCGGACCCCAAAUACCACCACCCGUCAGGAGGCAGCAACGGGGCCACAUGCAGCACGCAGGUCUCCAUGCUGACCCGCGUCAGCCCGGGCGCGCGCCGCUCCUCCAGCUUCCAGGCCGAAGUCUCCCUGGUGUGACCUCCAGGCGCCAGGGGCCCAGGGCGGCCCCUCCCGCCCGCACCCCCACUCCGGGCGGCACCGGGGGCAGAGGUCUGCCCGGGCGAGGCCAGCCCCAACCCUGGGCUCGGAGGCUGCUCAGACCCCCAGGUCACUGUCCAGACGCCCCUGGAGAACGCUGCCCUUGCGCCUGCCUGGGGAAAGGAGGGUACAUAGAUCGGGGAGCUGGUUCUCUGCACGUUGGAGCGCUGGGAGCUCCUACCGUGGAGGAUGUGGGGUGGAGCUCAGUCAUCAGACUCCUCCCCUAAAGGCCUCCUCCGCCAAUCAAGGGCAAGACGUCCGCAUACUCUCACCUGACUCCGUCCUCUGGUAGCUCUCCUGACCCAGGGGAGGAAGGCAACCGCGCAUCCCUAAACAAUGCGGGAACAAGGUGUGAUCUGAAGGGACAAAGGUCUUGCACCGAAAGGUCACCCGCCACCACCACCUAGACAGUGCCUGAAGUUCCACCAUUGCCGUCAAGUUCCUUUGGGUUAAGCAUUGCCAUUCAGGCAUCUCUCCGAAGAUGCAGUCUCCGCGCCCCAGUGCCCUCCUCUUAGCUGCCAGCUCUUCAAGGUUGUGAUACGGAGCUUUAGUUUGGGAAGCACAGCUAUUUUCAAGUGGAAUGGCCCCAGGAUGGCCAGAACAAUUCAAGGAGGCUGCCACUAGCCCUACCUCCCUAUGGGCUGUGGGAGCUGCCCUUGGCUACCCACCUGUGUGCCAGCUAUUGGAACCAGGCUCAGAGAUGUGCACUCAUAGGCCCCUUAUUCCUCACAUCAACCCAGCAAGGUGGGAUCUCUUUUUCACAGAUCACUCCAAGAGACCAGGUGCCACUCCAUGUCACACAGGAGGAUUUGAACUCAGAUCUGGCUGGUGGGAAAGUGAAAGCACAGACUCUUAACUGCUGCCUUUUAUAUAUUGUAACAAGCUGGAUCCUCUUGGUUAUUUGUAUCACUGCUGAUUAUUACAGUAGUCCACCCUUAUUCACGGUUUCACUUUCAAUAGUUUCAGUUAUUCUAGGUCAACUGCUGCCCAAAAAUAUUAAAUAGAAAAUUCUAGAAAUAAACAAUUCAUAAGUG